AAGAAAGAGAGAAAAGAAAAUAUCUUUAUCAUACGGCGUUUCAUUUGUGUGGCCUUGGCUAACCUCGAUAUCUAUCUAUCUCUCUAGAUUAUCUCAUCACCAUCUUCGCUGAAUCGUGUCACGCUAUGCGCUUGUUGGUCUUGAAUCAGGCGUUUCGGAGACAGGCGUAACGCUCGUGAGAAUCGGAGCUGAAUGAAGGAGAGGCUUUGAUGCUCAGUUCAAGCUUUCUUUCUCUGUUUAUUUACUGUCUUUUUAUGUUUGUUUGUGAAAUUGUGUGAAUCAUUUUGUGUGGCUGUGGUGAAUGAGUGGUCUGAUUCAGUGAGGGUGGAAGGUUCCGAUGCUUCGUGAGAGAAAUGGCUUCUGCUCCGUCGAUGUCAGUUUCUGUAGAAUGUGUAAAUAUCUGUAAGUUUUCGAAAGGGGAUGGGAGUGUCAGACACGAUUGUAGUGUUCUCUCCUGUGCGUGGAAGGCUCCGAGGGUUUUGAGUGGGUUUCUGGCGAGCACGGCGCAUUCUCCUCAGUGUUCGUUGUCCUCGUGUGCUGGAAGUGGAGGAAGAAACCGGAUUAAAUACAGAUAUGAAGCCCAUGAUGUGGGAGGGUGGCAUUCCCAUGAAGCUUCAGACUUUGUACUUCCUGAAAGACUCAUUAGAUCAAACUUGUUUCAUGUUGCUUCUAGAAGAUGGAAAUCUUCUUGCUCUUCAUCCUUCUCUUCAGUUGCCUUUGACAAGGUUUCUCCUGAAAGUCUAUGGGAGGAUCUUAAGCCUGCUAUUUCAUACCUUCCACCUCAAGAAUUGGAAUUGGUCCAUAAUGCUCUAAAGCUGGCUUUUGAGGCACAUGAUGGCCAAAAAAGACGCAGUGGAGAGCCCUUUAUCAUUCAUCCAGUUGAAGUUGCACGUAUUCUGGGAGAACUCGAAUUGGAUUGGGAGUCCAUUGCUGCUGGAUUACUGCACGACACUGUUGAGGAUACGAAUGUUGUCACUUUUGACAGUUUAGAAAGGGAGUUUGGUGCUACCGUGCGCCACAUAGUAGAAGGAGAGACUAAGGUUUCCAAGCUAGGAAAACUCAAGCGUAAGAAUGAGAAUGAUUCGGUACAAGAUGUAAAAGCUGAUGACCUGCGUCAGAUGUUUCUUGCAAUGACACAAGAGGUCCGCGUUAUAAUUGUCAAACUAGCCGACAGAUUACAUAAUAUGCGCACUCUUUCUCACAUGCCUCCACAUAAGCAGGUCAGCAUCGCAACAGAGACGUUGCAGGUCUUUGCUCCUCUAGCAAAAUUGCUAGGGAUGUAUCAAAUUAAGUCUGAACUUGAAAAUCUAUCCUUCAUGUACACCAAUGCUCAAGAUUAUGCUAUGGUCAAAAGAAGAGUUGCUGACCUCUAUAAAGAACAUGAGAAAGAACUUGUGGAGGCUAACAAAAUUUUGAUGGAGAAGAUAGAGGAUGAUCAGUUUUUAGACCUUAUGACAGUGAAAACUGAUGUUCGUGCUGUAUGUAAGGAGCCUUACAGUAUUUACAAAGCUGUGCACAAAUCUAGAGGUUCAAUAAAUGAGGUUAAUCAAAUUGCACAGCUUCGUAUCAUCAUAAAACCAAAGCCGUGCACUGGAGUUGGGCCCCUAUGUAGUGCACAGCAGAUUUGCUACCAUGUUCUUGGGUUGGUCCAUGGAAUCUGGACUCCUGUUCCGCGAGCUAUGAAAGACUAUAUUGCAACUCCAAAACCUAAUGGCUAUCAAAGUCUCCAUACAACUGUAAUUCCAUUUCUUUAUGAGAGCAUGUUUCGACUGGAAGUUCAGAUAAGAACUGAAGAGAUGGAUGUGAUAGCUGAGAGAGGGAUUGCUGCUCAUUAUAGUGGGAGAGUGUUCGUUGGUGGUUUAAUUGGACGUGCAACCAGUGGUGGAAGUUCAAGAGGGAAGACAGGCUGUCUUAACAAUGCAAACAUUGCUCUUAGGAUUAGCUGGCUCAAUGCAAUCAGAGAGUGGCAAGAGGAGUUUGUCGGAAACAUGACCUCCAGGGAAUUUGUAGACACUGUCACUAAAGAUCUGUUAGGAAGUCGUGUCUUUGUAUUUACGCCUAGGGGAGAGAUUAAAAAUCUACCCAAGGGAGCAACUGUAAUUGACUAUGCUUAUAUGAUACACACUGAAAUUGGCAACAAAAUGGUGGCUGCGAAGGUCAAUGGGAAUCUUGUUUCUCCCAUGCAUGUACUUGCUAAUGCUGAGGUUGUGGAGAUAAUUACCUAUAACGCACUCUCAAGCAAAUCUGCUUUCCAGAGGCAUAAGCAGUGGUUACAACAUGCAAAAACCCGUAGUGCCCGGCACAAGAUCAUGAAAUUUUUGAGAGAGCAAGCUGCACUGUCUGCUGCUGAAAUAACAGCAGAUACAGUCAAUGACUUUAUUGCGAACUCUGAAGUGGAGAGCAACUUGGAAGAGGCCUCACGUCAUUCCAAGGGAGGCAAAUCAGUGUGGGAGAGAUUCCUCAUGAACUUUGUGGAAAUGUCAUCCUCAAUGAAAAGCCCCAAAGAUGUCUUCCACCCUCAAAAUGGUAGCACUCAAGUUCCCAAGGUCAAUGGAAAACAUAACAGGCAAGUGCAGAAUGUGAAUUUGGAGUCCGAAAAGCCCCUAACACAGGGAAAUGGUGUUGCCAAGAUGAAGCAUCUUAACAUUCCGACAUGCAAGGAAGUCUUGCCAGGUUUAGAAAGUUGGAAAACUAACAAAGUUGCCUCUUGGCAUAGCCAUGAAGGGCACUCUAUCCAAUGGUUGUGUGUAGUAUGCAUAGACCGAAGAGGCAUGAUGGCAGAGGUCACAGCAGCAUUGGCAUCGGUGGGAAUUACCAUAAUUUCCUGUGUGGCUGAGAUGGAUAGAGGAAGGGGAUUGGCUGUCAUGUUAUUCCAUGUUGAAGGCAGCCUGGAUGGUUUGGUUAAUGCUUGUUCCAGUCUAGAUCUUGUCUCGGGUGUUUUGGGAUGGUCCACGGGUUGCAGCUGGCCAAACACAGUGGAAACCCCACUGUGGAACAAAUGCUGAUUAUUAAUUGGAGCCAGCAAGUCCUAUCAGUUUGUCCAGCAACUGAAGUCUUGGUAUGAAGUUUUGUCCUUGGAAAACUGAGAUUCCGGUUUCUUUUAAAACAGAUUUUGGGCAUAUAGUCACAUUUGUUGUAGAAAGAGUAAAAUAAUCAACAGCAGCUAAUUGAGCAAGUCUGUGGAGCAGGGCACUGUAUAUAGAAAACACAGAGUCGUAGCUUAGGGUUAAGUGUUACACAUGGCCUCAUGCAUCUUUGUAAAGAUACUCACAAGCAGAGGACAGCGGAACAGUUAUACAGGGGUUUUGACAAUGAGCUCUUUUAUGUUUGUACCUUGGUUUGGUAAAAUUUUUCUUUUCUUCAUCAUUCUUAAUCUGGAAAUAACUAUCUAUUUAUGUAUCAUAUUAUUGAAGUGGGAAUGGUGGUUGAUAUCGAUA